AUGACAUUACCAACUAUAUGCCGUUGCUGUUUGGCUAAAGGAUUGCACACAGACAUGGAGAUCCCAAAUAUAUAUGAAGGAAAAAAAGAAAUUUAUUUUGAAAUGCUCCAGGAGUGCUUCAACAUUGAUCUAUCUACCCAGAAGAAAUCAAAGUCAAUAUGCAACAAAUGUAUAACACGGUUAAGAGAUGCCCAUGAUUUUAUGCAGCAAGUUCUCUAUACUGAGGAGAUUAUUACCACAAUCUUAGAGGAAAAUAAUGGUAAUAUAUUUUUUAUUUCUGUGGAUGAAUGUGAAGAGUUAAAAUCAGAAGAUGAUUCAACAGAUGGCCUUUAUUUGAAUAUUGAUGAUGUGUCAAUUGAGGUAAAAUCAGAUAAUUGUGACAAUUCGGAUAACAGUGACAAUGUGGAAGAGAAAGAGUCGAAAGCAAAAGAAGUGAUUAAGUCAAGUGGGGCUAAGAGGAAACCAUCUACCAAGAAAUCAAGUAGAAAAUCAAGGAGUGAAAAGAAAGUAUCAAAAUUAACAAGGCCACUACACGAGAAAGACAAACAAAAGAAAAAUCUGACAACACUUUUAAAAUAUUCAAAUAUACUGGUGUUUAAGGACAGAACACUGGCUGGGAUUAUUUGUGGAUACUGUGAUAAAGUCUUUGAAGAUCCGUUGGAACUCAGAUCCCAUACGGACUCAGACCAUGCAAGUGAACGACUCUUCAUUCCAUUGGACUACAAGAAGUACCCAAUCAAACUAGAGAUCUCAAACCUAAAAUGCACGAUAUGUGACGAAGACAUUGACAAUUUACAAACCCUCAAAGAACAUUUAGUGAAUAGACAUGACAAAUUCAUCUAUAAUGACAUAAAGGACUAUUUAAUGUCAUUCAAAUUCACAAGUGACAGCUUCAAUUGCACUAUGUGCACUUCGAAGUAUAAAACAUUCAAAAUGCUAAAACAACAUAUGAACAUACACUACAUGAACCACAUAUGCCACUGUGGGUCCACGUUCAUAACAAAGCGAUCACUGAACGCACACAAAACUACCCACAUUGAGGGUAGCUACAAAUGCGAUUUCUGUGAGAAGGUAUUCUCAAAUAACACAAAGAAAAUCUACCACCAGAGAACGUUACAUUUAGGCCGUAGAACUAUCAGGAAUUGUCCAUACUGCGAGGAGUCAUUCCCGACUCAUUACCAACAGAACCAGCAUAUUGUGAAAGUGCAUAAAACUGAAGCCCUGUAUAAAUGUAAUAUUUGUAAAAGAGGGUAUAUUCGAAAAACUCUCUUAAUGAAACAUAUUAAAAGAUAUCAUAUGAUGGAGAGGAAUCAUCGGUGUGUGGAAUGUGGGUGUAAGUUUUUCAAUAGCCGUUCGCUUCGAUUACACAUGGUGAAGCAUACGGGGGUGAAAAGGUAUGAAUGUAAGAUUUGUAAAAAGACAUAUGGGAGAAAUACCACGCUGACAGCGCAUAUGCGGAUACACAAUAAUGAUAGACGGUUUAAAUGUGAUAUAUGUGAUAAUGCAUUCGUGCAAAAGUGUAGUUUAAAAAGUCAUUUGUUGUCCCACCACGGUGUAAUUAAAUCGUCUAGUGAGAUCUUUGCGAAAAUAUAA